AUGCAUUUCACCGACCUCCUUCUCAUCGGCGCCUCUGUGCUCAGCACGGCUACCGGUUCCCCCCUCGCUGCUCGCACAAGCACUGCAUCCAAAAAAUGCUCCAGCUACACCAUCAUUGACACGAGAGGCACCGGCGAGCAACAAGGCCCCUCCGCCGGCUUCCUGACCAUGAACCGCAACAUUCUCUCCCAAGUCCCCGGCGGCGUCGUCUACAACACCGUCUACCCAGCCGACUACUCCCAAAACUCUGCUUCGGGGACGCAAGACAUCAUCAACAAGAUCAAGACAACUCUGAGCAGUAAUCCCAAUGAAUGCUUUAUCCUAGAGGGAUACUCGCAGGGUGCUGCUGCGACUGUUAAUGCUCUGGUACAGUUGACUGCAGCGGAAAAUACUGCUGUAAAGGGCGUGUUUCUCAUUGGCGACCCACUGCAUAAAGCAGGGUUGAGCUGUAAUGUAGACAGCAAUGGUGGCAUCACCACUCGCAACGACAAUGGUAUUUCCGAAUACUACGGCAGCAACAGUAUUCCCUCUGGCUUUGUAUCCAGAUCCCUGGACGUUUGUGCUCCUGGCGAUGGUGUGUGCACUAAUAAUGGUGCAGGCAUUGAUGAGGAACAUCUUUCUUACCCCAAUGAUGCUAAUGUGCAGAAUAUGGGUACUAAGUUUGUGGUUGAUCAGCUCACUGGGGUUACUUACACUCAUCAGUGA